GUUACCGAUUAGCAAUUUUGCUAGUGGUGAUCAAGAAUCCUGAAAGAUAUUUGUAAAUUUGUGAAACCUAGAUCAGGAUGUCUGCUCAUCGAUUUCGGUACAAAAAUGCUGGGUUAGAUGCUCAAGAACUGAGAAGGAGAAGAGAAGAAGAAGGUGUUCAGUUAAGGAAACAAAAGAGAGAAACUGAAUUGUAUAAAAGACGCAAUCUGAACUCUCCUGGCGAAAAUGGUCAGGAUGGAGAAGUGUCCAGUUCCAUGAUGCAAGAUGAUUGUCCUUCUCAAACACCACAGGUUGGUAUCACGCAGGAAAUUGUUGCUGCUUUAUACAAUGAUGAUGUCCAACAGCAGUUAUUUGCUACACAAAAAUUUAGGAAAUUAUUAUCUCAAGAGCCAAAUCCUCCAAUAGAUGAAGUUAUUCAAACAGGAAUUGUUCCUAAAUUUGUUGAAUUUCUUCAGAGGGAUGACAACUCAACACUUCAGUUUGAAGCUGCUUGGGCUUUAACCAAUAUAGCCUCUGGGACAUCUGUACAAACAAAGAUUGUCAUUGAAGCUGAAGCCGUGCCAAUUUUUAUCAGGCUACUCGAUUCAGAGUAUGAAGAUGUCCAGGAGCAGGCUGUCUGGGCAUUAGGAAAUAUUGCUGGUGACAGUCCAGAAUGCAGAGAUUAUGUCCUAGAUCAAGGCAUAUUAAUUCCUCUUUUACAAUUGUUAAGUAAAGCUACUAGAAUGUCAAUGACUAGGAAUGCAGUAUGGGCUCUUUCUAAUUUAUGCAGGGGCAAAAAUCCACCUCCUAAAUUUGAACAGAUAUCUCCUUGCUUGCCGGUCCUGUCUAGACUCCUCUUUCACUGUGAUGCUGACGUCCUUGCUGAUGCUUGCUGGGCUCUAUCAUAUAUCUCAGAUGGCCCAAAUGAUAAAAUACAAGCUGUGAUUGAUGCAGGUGUUUGUAGGCGCCUCGUAGAGCUUUUGGUUCACAAUAGUCAAAGUGUAGUAUCUGCAGCACUAAGAGCUGUGGGCAACAUUGUCACUGGUGACGAUGUUCAAACUCAAGUCAUUUUAAAUUGCAAUGCCCUGCCUUGCUUAUUACAACUCUUAUCCUCACCUAAAGAAACAAUCAGAAAAGAAGCUUGCUGGACGAUUUCAAACAUCACUGCAGGAAAUAGACAACAAAUUCAAGCUAUAAUUGAUGCUAACAUAUUCCCAGUCCUUAUUGAAAUUUUAAGCAAAGCAGAAUUCAAAACCAGAAAAGAAGCUGCAUGGGCAAUCGCAAAUGCCACAUCUGGAGGUUCACCGGAACAAGUUAGGUAUUUAGUUGAACAGAAUUGCAUCCCGCCAUUAUGUGAACUAUUAACAGUCAUGGAUUCAAAAAUAAUUCAAGUAGCUUUAAAUGGUCUUGACAAUAUUUUAAGACUUGGAGAGCAAGACGCUAAAGCCACUGGUGGACUAAACCCAUAUGCUGUCAUGAUUGAAGGAUGCUAUGGUCUUGACAAAAUCGAGUUUCUUCAAUCUCAUGAAAAUAUGGAAAUUUAUCAAAAAGCUUUCGACAUCAUCGAACAUUACUUCGGGUUAGAUGAAGAAGAUUCUAACAUUGCUCCUCAGGUGGAUCCAGGAAAUCAACAGUUUCAGUUCAAUGCUCCUGAUCAAAAUAUGCCUAUGGGCGGGUAUAGUUUUUAAAAGCAAUAAAGAGAGAUCUCGUAAAUUUUGUAGAUGAAUUUUCAAAAUAAAUUCGACCGAUGUGCAGAACUUGGUUUUUCUGGCUCUCCUAGGAAACUUGCAGAUAAAUGAGCGAUCUCUCACACAACGCAGUUUGCUCCAUUCCCCCUCCGGCUGCCGAGACAUUUUGCUUAUGCAUGAUAAGGCCACACAAGAAGUGUCUGAUAAAAGAAAUGUAAAUUUAUUACUUUUGAAGGAAAUAAGAAGUUUUUGCUUUGAAUGCUAUUUUUUAUCAACUUUGUGAGCACUGUAUUGUAAUUAUGGAGAACUUCAAUAAGCAAAGAAGAAAUGAAGAGGAGAGAAACUUUACCCUGCAUCUAUCUGUUCACAGAAAAGUUUAUUUUUAUGAAAGAGCAUGGAAUCAUAACUGCGUAAAAUAAAAGCUUUUGAUUUCGUCGGAAGUUUUUGUGAUAUUUUUGGAAUUAAUUCUUAAGUCAUGCCCCGGGGAUUUAUAAUUUCUCUCCUGCAAAGCAUGUUAAAUACGAAUGCUGCUAACAUUAAAAAAUAAUAAUAAUAAUAAAGAAAGAAAAAAUCAAAUUCUAAGAAUUUGAAAAUUUUGAUUAAUUUUAAUUAAAUAUUUGAGAUAUAACUUACAACUGACAAUAAUGUAGUAAUCUCAUUAGAAAUGGGAUUCUUUAAAACUUUUUUAUGUUUUUUUUUUCUUUCUAAACUUUACAAAUGAAGAUUUUAUACUACCUAAAUUAGAUCAUGGAAAAUCAACUUCGAUUAUUGUGCAAUUUU